AGGAACCGCUGCGAGAUGAGGUUUUGUUAGUUUGUUGCGUUAUCUUGAAGUUGUGUGGUUUGAUCAGUGUCGAUAACUUCUGUAAAAAUGAAACUUUUUGUUGUUAGUUUUUUGGUUGUGCUGAAUUUUGGAAAGAACAACGCCCGUUUAGCACCUAUUCUCUCCGCCUGCUCACGCAACGAUCCAAAUUUCGAACAAUGUGUCAAACAGGUGGUGGAACGAAUCCGUCCCAACGUGGCCGUUGGGAACUUCGGCGAGGAUCAACCGUCGGCUCCUCCCCUUGAGCCGCUCUGGGUCAAGCAGAUGGCGAUUGACCACGGUCCUGGCUUCCGAGUAAAGCUAACCAACGUGACAAUCGAGGGCUCCGGCGCGUUCGAGAUUCGACGGGUGAAAUUGAAUGUUGAUGAGAAACAGUUCAACGUCAGCGUGAAGCUUCCCAGAAUGCUCGUCAGUGGACAAUAUGCACUGGAUAUGCAAAUGCCUUUGCUGCGAAUCUCCGGCCAGGGCGAUUUCAAUUUGAUACUGAAUAACACAAUUGCUAACAUGCGCAUGCGAUACUAUCUCGAGCAGGAGAAGGAGACCGGUGGGGAGUCUGUGCAGUUCCAACCGAUCCAGCUUAAGCUGAAAUUUGACAAAGGAAAGUUCAACCUGAAGAAUCUGUUCGAUGGAGACGCAGUGCUGGGACAAAUUGCCAAUGAUGCGAUCAAUCAGGAUCCCCACGUUCUGCUGGAUGAGGUGAAGCCGGCUUUCGAGCAGAGUUUGGGGAACAUUUUCACAGAGAUAGCUAAUAGCGCUGUUCGUGGGGCAAGUGAGCUCGAUAUUUUACCGCUGUGAGAGUUUUAUCACGCGACGAUGAGUAGCAAAGCGAAUUAGCGAAUUAUUCCUCAGCCCUAUGUUUAGUUAUUAACCGGCUCGGCGCCAGAAAAAAUAAGAUAAAUUGAUCCAAUGAAAUGCACCGUAGUGUCACAUUGCACCAGGCAGUACAAUAAAGAUUUUCCCAUUUUGUGAAAAAUUUAGUUCUAGACGAGAGAAAGAAUCAAUAAAAAAAAUAUUUAUUGCUGAA